AUGAUUCAGCCUCUUGGAAAACUGAUGGGUGCACGCUUUGUGAUUGAGAAUGCGAGUGGAAAGAUACGCCUUGUAUCAAGUGCAGCUGCUGGUGGCCAGCUAGCUAUCGAUGGAGCCAGAUCAACCGGCGUUCCCGAUACCCUCCGUAUGGAGAAGGAUAUACACGAACUUCAGAAUUUCAUUAGGAAUAUGGCUGGAGGGACAUACGGGGUCAAUUGGGUAGCCAUUGGGGAGGUGGACGCUAGCCAUAACAAGUCCCCGUAUAUGGUUGUCGGCUUUUAUUUUGAAGGUCCCGGUGGAAACCCUCCGCAACAAGAAUAUGGUAUCUCGCGAUCAGCCCUCAAGAAAAUUUUGUCGUCGAAGGCAGCAGACAGACUCAUAUCGGAGGCAAUUACUUAUGAUCCUGAUAUGGCCUUACAAGAUGCUAUUUCUUCUCUUUCUGGUCUCACUUUAAGAUCUGGGACGGCGCCAUCCCACCCUUCUGGAGGAAGCAACAACUAUUGGAAUCCAAUGCUUAGUCCUGCGUCCCACAUGGCUCAGCUAGCACUUUUGCAACAGCCAGGAUAUCAGAAUCUACUUGGCCAUGGUUCAUCCAACAGUCAGCCAUUGUAUGAAAAGCAGCAGCUGAUUCAGCCAUCAUUCAUGCCACAGCCAGGCGCGCAGCAUCUAGGAGCGCAACAGCAACUGAUUCAGCCAUCGUUUAUGCAACAGCCGGUCACGCAGCAUUUGGGGAUGCAACCGUAUAGUGAGGAUAUAGAGGAAGAACUUUAG